AUGACUACCAAGCGGAGGAAUCAUGGGCGUAACAAGAAAGGCCGCGGUCACGUGAGGCCUAUCCGAUGCACAAAUUGCGGCCGUUGUGCACCUAAGGACAAAGCGAUAAAGAAAUUCGUGGUGCGCAAUAUUGUGGAGGCGGCAGCGGUACGCGACAUCUCGGAUGCAUCGGCUUAUGACUGUAUGUUGCCUCUCAUCAGUAAUCGGUUGUUUGGGCGCCCCGCUCGCAUUCACUGUGCAUGA